GCCAAAGUUUCGCGGAGAACCCCCGCCAUCGGAAGCGUCGCAAACGGCGCGGGAGCGAUGGCGACCGAAGAUCUUUCGCUGCUCCGUUACGGCGACGGCGACUUAGGCGACGCGGAGGCCGUGCCGAUGGCAGCGGCGAAAGAGACGUGUCGCUGGCGAUGGCGACCCUGGCUCCGGACGCAAAUCUUUGUGGCAUUGGGAGUCAGCACUUUGGUGUUGUACCUUUGGCCCUUUGAAAGGGCGGCUGCAGGCGUGUCCCAAGCAAUUGCAUUGGAGGAGGUGAAUUCCAUUCUACCCGAAGUGGCGGUACAGCCCUACGGAGUUCUUGGUGUGCAGCUCGACUCGUUGCACCACUUUGUGCGUCAAGCUGCUGAACCUUGGGGCCUCACUGCUGUGCUGGAUCCGGCCGGCUUGCGCUUUAUCCACGACAUCGGCCCCGCGGGGGCGGGAGGUGCGUCGCGUGCCAUCUAUUCCUGGCUUCGGAUCAACCUGGAUCCACGUUUCCCAGGUGAUGUGCGCGAGGCUGUGCAGAAGGAGUGUGAUGCCAAGAUGCAUAAGUACGGUGACAAGCAGGUGAUUCAUGUGGUGGGUCCCGACUUCACCAACGUCCCCUGGGCCUCCUUCGAAGCGCAGGCGGAAGCAUCGCAGAAACUCACCACGGCCUACAAGCACGUCCUGGAAGAGUUCGAAGCUUCGGACGCCCAGCGUCUUCGGCUGUUGCCCAUUUCAGGUGGAAUCAAUGCGGGACCGUUUUUCAAGCAGCUGCCACAGUUGACCUUUGAGGCCAUCGACAAAGCCUUCAGGUCCCUUCCGAUGUCCAGUAAGCAUCAUUUGCUGCAGAGCUUCAAAAAACACAAGUUGGAGAUGUGUAUCUUCGAGGAAACUUCACUGGCUGCGUAUCAAGCUGCCUGUCCCACUUGCGCCUGAGUUUCGCAGAUCGCUGGCAGUGAUACAGCUGACAGUUUUUCAAACCAAAC